AUGGAAACUACCCCACAAGAAGCAAACAUAACUAAAGCCGCCGACAGGCUUCUCGCCCCCGAUGAUAGCAACUCCGAUUGCUACAGUGACCAAGAAGCGGAAUUGAAUGAUUCUUGGGACUCAGAUGUUAUGGAGCAACAAAUAUCCAGCAUGAAGGAAGACAGUGUCGAAAGAGAAAACACAGUGUCGCCAAGGGAUCUAGAAUCAUCAGAGUUAGAAUUGCCAGAGGAUGUAGUAAUGGCACUGAAGCUCGCCCCUGAACACCACAAAGUGUUUCUUCCGAAUUUGAACAGUGUUCAAGAAGACAAUGCGGUAUUGCGACAGCAUGUCAUUACUCAAGAUUGGGACAGUGGAAACACGCUAGACUUGUGGUCAGCGCAGACAUCUGAAGGGUUUUGGCCAUGGAAAGAUGAGGUGUUCUUGUAUAUGGGUCUCAUUCCUACAAUAGCAGCGGCUACAAUGGAGGUCCAAGACACAAAGUCACUCUCGGCGACAGUUGCGGCGACCAUUGUGGUGAUAAGAUACUUUAAAUCUAUUGAAGGGAAGGAUGGCUUCUCAUGGGAAGAUUGCACGAGCCGAGCAUCCAGCUGGUUGGCAGGACAAAUAGAACCAAGCCAAUUUGCAAGUCUUUUGGACCAAGCUGAUGGCCUCAUUCUUUAUGGAUCUCAUCUCUACGGUAGUUACAGCUACAAUAGUGACCAAGAUACUGAAUCGAUCUCGGUGACGGUUGCUACGGUAGCAAUAAGGCGCUCUAAAUCUAUUCCGAGGAAAGAUGGCGGCCCAUGGGACGUUUACACGAGUCGAGCGUCCAGCUGGUUGGCAGGACAAACAAAGCCAAGCCAACUUGCAAGUCUCUUGGACCAAGCCGGUGACCUGGUUUAA